GCUGCUGCUGCGGUUCGUGGGACGGCCGAAACGUCAUUAGUACAGCAGCAACUUGCAGCCCUGCAGCAACUGACUCCGCACCUGACUGGCCUUGACGGACUGUCUGGUUUAGAUACUAAUCACCACGUCUUUCAACAGUCCCCAUCAGGUACCGCUGCCAUGCUGGCCGCUAACUCAGCAAUCGGUCCAGGCUCGGGGCUCUUGCCAUCCAACGCUUCUCCGGUCAUCAUUGUAUCUGGCCUGGAGCCCGAGGUGAAAUAUUUGGAUUUGUGA